GCGGAUUAGCGGGGCCGGGGUGCGGCCGGGCGGCGCCGCGAUGGGAGCAACGAGCAGCGGCCCCGGCCCGGCCCCAGAUCCGGUGCGUUCCCCCCAGGGCCGCGCCGUGGGUUCGUGGGUGCGGGCGCUGCUGGGCCGGGCCGGGUCGGUACCGGGGUCGGGGCUCGCCUUGGCCCCGCGGAGCUCCACCGAAGAGCCGCCGUUGCCUGGGUGGCCGCUGCCGCAGCUCGUCUCGCUUUUCCUGCCGGAGUUCCCGGUCCGCCCCUCGGCCCGACAGCCGCAGCUCAAGAUACUGGGUUUUGUGGCCAAAGGCUCCUUUGGGACCAUCCUCAAAGUGCUGGACUGCAGGCAGGAGAAAGUCUGCGCUGUGAAGGUCGUGCCUAAAGUAGAGGUGCUGCGCCGUGACACCCUCAAGCAGUGCAAGGAAGAAGUCAGCAUCCAGAGGCAGGUCAGGCAUCCAUUUGUCCAUGGGCUGGGGGACAGCUGGCAGGGCCAGAGCCACCUCUUCAUCAUGUGCACCUACUGCAGCACCGGAGACCUGUACGCACUGUGGCGUACUGCUGGGAGCUUCACCGAGGCCACUGUCCGCCUGUUUGCUGCUGAGCUCGUGCUGGUGCUAGUGUACCUCCAUGACCUGGGCAUCAUGCACAGAGAUGUGAAGAUGGAGAACAUCCUCCUGGAUGAGAGAGGGCACCUUAAGCUCACCGACUUUGGCCUCUCACGGCAUCUGCAGUGGGGUGAGCGAGCCCACACUAUCUGUGGCACCCUACAGUACAUGGCCCCGGAGGUGCUGAGUGGGGGCCCCUACAGCCAUGCAGCUGACUGGUGGUCCCUGGGAGUCCUGCUCUUUGCCCUGGCCAGUGGGGAGUUUCCCGUGGCACCAGCAGAAGACCACACGGCCAUGUUGGAGCGUGUCAAAGCAAGCAGCUAUGAGAGCCCACCCACGUUCAGUCCUGCCUUGGCCCGGCUGCUUGCCGAGCUGUUGUGCCACAACCCCCUGCGCCGCCUGCGCUACCUCCACCACUUCCAGGGCCACCCUUUCUUCCGUGGGGUAGCCUUCGACGCCGACCUGCUGCAGAAAGACCCCGUAGCGGUGGCAGUGGCCUCACGCCCCUCCGAGCAGCCCCCACCGGACCCUGCCGCCUUCGCUGACUUCGACUGCGACCUCGAGGCCUCGCCGGGCCGGCCGUGGCCUGGCUGAGCCAUCGUGGUUGGGACCUCCGUCAUUGCUCAGGGACAUCCCCCUCCCCACACACCUCGGCAGCAGGUUCGGACCCUGCUGGGCCAGGUCCCCCUUCCCCCAGCGCUGUACCUCUCCCCGCGGGAGCAAUAAACCCGAGAGCCGCGGGCACUGCUGUGGGUGCUGCCUUGACCCCCCGGGAAGGAGCAGGACCCCAAGGGAGCAUAGCGGGUUGGUUUUCCCAGGCCUGCUUCGGGCAGGGCUCGGGACGGCGCUGUGGAGCCGGGCAGGGCUGGUUUCCCCUGGG